AUCUUUUUCGGAUAACAUUAGGUCUUUCCUUUGCUGAGAUAGUAUUGGGCAAUAAAUAACAAAGAUAUAGAUGCUAUUAAAACCGUCCCUUUACCACAUCACAAUUAUGCUCUGGUUGCUACAGAUAUGUUUCUGCUUCACUGCCAAAACUUUAACCUACCAAUUCACUAACCUACCGUACGUCUAUUUCCAACCCUCUAGCAAGUCCACAACACAGGUCCAGAACCAAGAAGGUGAAACAGGAGUUCUCACGUUCGAUUUCCCAGGUAAAAUGCCCAUUCUACUUCCCAAAUUUGUUCUAUUUCUUUUAUUUCCAUCUUCUAGUCCUGCAACGUGGCUUAAAAUUUAA